AUGGUGGUAGCGGCGGCACAGCAAGUCCACGGCAAACCAGCAGGCGCAGUCCCACCCGCAGCAGCUGUCGCAGCAGGCCAUGUCCCGCUUCCCCUCCAACAUCGACGCUCACCUCCGCCCCCUAGGCCCGCUUCGCUUCCAACAGCCUCAGCAGCCCCAGCCCCAGCCGUCUCACUCCCAGGGUCCAUCCCAGUCGCCGUCGCAGGCCACGCAGCAGGCGUCCCCCAGCAGCAGCAGCAGCAGGCGGCGGCGGCGGCGGCGGCGGCGCAGGCCCAGGCCCAGGCGGCGCGGGUACGAAGCCCCGAGAUGGAGAUGGCGCUGCAGGACGCCAUGCGGGUCUGCAACCCGGACGUCAAGACACCCUUCCAGUCCAUCGAGGACGCUGUCAACAGGUUAUUGCCUUACCAUGUUGUUGCCGACUAUGAGGCUGAAGAAGAUGACAGAAUCCUUGAUAGUGAUACAACAGGCCAGAUUCCUUCUCGCCUGCAGCAAUGGGACCAUAACAUUCUAGUGAAGAUUGCUGAGUUCACGACAACAUUUGACAAGCAAGUAUUGGCAUAUAACAUAAUGACAAAGAAAAGGGCCAUUGGUGAGUUCAGGUCAGAGGAGCGGCUCAUGCUGGAGCAAGCCUUAUUACAGGAGGAAAAGCAGGCUAUGCUGGGACUGAGAGCAGAGAUAGAGUCGAGAGAGAAAGCUGGUCGCGAGGCUGCUGAAGUGAAGAUGCGUAUGGCAAUGGAGCAUGCUCGUGCUGAGGCACAAGCACACUCUGAGAUGAUGAAUCAUGGUCCUAUAAGGGCCAGUGCUGUUGCUUCGCAAGGGGAUGAUGGUCCAAGUCAUGACAUGGUGCAAGAACAUGGUGAAGAUGAGUGGGGAAAUUCUGAGAGGGAUGAUGAAGAUCCAUCUGAGGAUUUCCUCAAUGAUGAGAACGAACCAGAGAAUGGGAACUCAGAUGGGCAGGAGGACUGGCGCAGAUCUGGGGAGCUUGAUCUGAACUCUAGGUAA